AUGGAACAGAACAACAGCACUGAAGUGACUGAAUUCAUCCUCUUGGGAUUUGCAGGUCAACACAAGUCCCGGCACAUCCUCUUCAUAUUAUUUCUAGUGAUCUAUGUGGUCACGUUAGUGGGCAAUGUCGGGAUGAUCCUACUCAUCAAGAUCCACUCCUCCCUUCACACUCCUAUGUACUUUUUCCUCCAACACUUGGCCAUUAUUGAUCUCUGUUACACCUCUGCCAUCACUCCCAAGAUGCUACAGAACUUCAUAGAGAUAAAGCAGUCCAUCUCUUUCAUGGGAUGUCUGGUGCAACUAUUGGUCUAUGGUACUUUUGCCACAAGUGACUGCUAUAUUCUGGCUGCGAUGGCAGUGGACCGUUAUGUGGCCAUCUGUAACCCACUGCACUAUCCAGUUGUCAUGUCUCGGAGACUCCGCAUUCAGCUGCUGCUGGGUUCAUACAUCAUGGGUUUCCUGAAUGCCUCUGUAAACACAGGUUUUACUUUCUCAUUGAACUUUUGCAAAUCCAAUGCAAUUAACCACUUUUUCUGUGAUGUGCCCCCAAUCCUUGCCCUGUCAUGCUCCAGUAUCCACGUCAACAUCAUGCUGCUGACUGUCUUUGUGGGGUUUAACUUGACAUUCACUGUGCUGGUCGUCAUCUUUUCCUACACUUGCAUCCUGGCUGCCAUCCUGAGGAUAUCUUCUGCUGCAGGCAGGAAGAAAGCCUUCUCCACAUGUGCCUCCCACCUGACAGCAGUCACCAUUUUCUAUGGGACUCUCUCGUACAUGUACCUACACCACCAUACCAAUGAGUCUCAAGAGCAGGAAAAAGUGUCUUCUGUGUUUUAUGGCAUAAUUAUCCCCAUGUUAAACCCCUUGAUAUAUAGCUUGAGAAACCAAGAUGUGACAGAAGCUAUAAGAAAGACAGCAAACAAGUGCUUAUAA